GCCACAUAUAUAUUUAAUCCUUCUCCUAUCUUGUUUUGUCCUUUAGGAUGUUUAGAAAUGUAAGGUGUGGUCCAUGUGUUAGAUAUUUGCUGCAACAACGCAGAUUCUUCUCUGGGAAAACUCGACAAGUUCCGGGAAUAACCUUAAAAAGUGCUCUAGCAAAUAUAACAGUAUGCAGCUUAAUUGGGGGCGGAGUUUACCUUGCUACAAACUGGAGGAAUAAAGAGCGAGCGAUUGUAAAGGAGGAAAACUAUGGAACCCCUCAAAUAGGUGGUCAUUUCACGCUCGUAGAUCAGAACGGAAAUUUUAAGUCCCUGUCAGACUUUACAGGGAAAUAUGUUCUCAUUUACUUUGGAUUCGCAAAUUGUCCUGAUAUCUGCCCAGAAGAAAUGGAUAAACAAACACAAGUAAUCAAUAUAUUAGACAAAAAGUUUGGUCCAAUCGUGCAACCAAUAUUUAUAUCCGUUGAUCCAAAACGCGAUUCUGUCGACGUAUUGAAAAAGUAUGUUAAAGAAUACCAUCCAAGACUCAUUGCCCUUACUGGAACUCCGGAAAUGAUCCGAGAUGUCACGAAGAAGUUUCGUGUAUACUAUAACCAGGGAAUUACAGCCACAGAUCAAGAUUAUCUAAUUGAUCACUCAAUCAUUCACUACCUAAUGGACAAAAAUGGCGAGUUCGUAGAAUUUUUCGGAAAAAAUGCUAGUGCAAACGAGAUUUCCAAAUCGAUUUCUAAAAUAUUAAAAGCAUAA